AUGGCUACGGCGUACUACGAGUUUUACCGUGGUUCAUCGUACGUGAUCGGAAUGGCGUUGACAGACUCGCUGGACGAGCUGAUCACUAAUGGUUCCAUCACACCACAGUUGGCCAUGAAGGUUUUACAGCAGUUUGACAAAUCGUUGGCGGAUACCCUUGUCAAGCAGGUUAAGACAAAGACUACUUUGAAGGGGCACCUACACACCUACCGGCUUUGUGACGACGUCUGGACAUUCAUUGUGAAGGAUCCGUCAUUCAAAAUGGAAUCAAAUGAGAUGGUUUCCGCGCAGAAAAUCAAGAUUAUCGCCUGUAAGAAUGGUGAGGCUAUUGAAGCGGGGAGAAAAUAA